AUGGCCAAGUUUCGUCUCGCCGUGCUCGAGUGCGAUGUCCCCUUCCCGGGCGUAGUCGAACUCCGGGGCUCCUACGGGGACAUGUUCCGCAGCCUCCUCGCCGAGGGCAUGCGCGGGCUGCCUGCCGGCGACGCGCAGACGGAGCUGGUCGUGACCAAGUGGGAUGUCGUCAACGCGCAUGUGUACCCGGUCUUUGAGGACUUUGACGGCCUCAUGAUUUCCGGCAGCAAGCACACCGCGUUCGACAAUACGCCCUGGAUUAUUGCCCUCAUCGACUACCUCACAGACUUUUUCAAGAACUCGCGCAAGCCCGUCGUCGGCAUCUGCUUCGGGCACCAGAUUAUCGCGCGUACGCUUGGCGGUCGCGUCGAGGUCAACCCGGGCGGCUGGGAGAAUUCGGUAACGCGGAUCGACCUGAGCGUGACUGGUCGGCAGUUUUUCGGCGUGCCAACUAUUCACAUGCAUCAGACACACCGCGACGCCGUCACGAUGCUGCCGCCCGGCGUCAACAGCAUCGGCGGCUCUGCGCGCUGCGGUGUUCACGGCAUGUACAGGCCCGGCCGCUUCCUCUCGUUCCAGGGCCACCCCGAGUUCGACGAGGAGACCAUGACGCUCAUCCUCAGAGGGCGUCGUGCCAUUGGCUUCUUCUCUGAGGACAUGUACAACGACGGCAUGAGCCGCGUGAGCUGGCCGCACUGCGGCAAGAUGCUGGCGACCAAGGUUUGCGGGUUCCUGCUGGAUGCGAAGCGAGCUGCAUUGUCGUAG